CAGUUACAAUGGGUCUCCCACGUUUGGAAAGAUGUUGCUGUUAUUUUGAUUUACAGACUGGAAAUAUUAUAUUGGGAUGUAUUAAUGCUUUCUUGUCAUUUUGCCUCUUCGUGGCAAUGAUAGUGGCCGCUGUUGAAAUUGGCGCUAUGGAAAGAGACACAGCCAGUGAAUUAGGAUUGUUAAAGGACGACGAAACAGGCGAAGCAGGCGAUGCAAUCUUACUAGAUGCCCAGCUCAGCGGACUGUACGCAAUUGCAGUUAUACUAGUCUUCCUGUUUCUGGCUAAGCUUUUGUUCGACGUGUUUUUCGUCAUUGGCGUGAUAAUGGAACGGAAAGGGAUUAUUAAAGCCUACUACAUCAUGUGGACAGUAUUCAUAAUAAUUUCUACGUUUACUUUCUUUCUCAAUUGGAAGUACUGGGGUGUGAAGACGCUCAUGGCUGAAGCGGUCUACCUCUGUUUAAACUUUUACGCCGUGUUGUUGUGUCACAGCUUCUAUGUUCAACUCAACAUGCGUGAAGAAGUCUAAAAAUACCGAUCCUAAAAAAAUGUGCCAAAAG